AUGGCACGAGCAGUAUUCACAGUCGUAUUUCUCUCCAUAUUCUACCUUGCCAAGGUAGCCAUCAGCGACCUCGGGGCCGUUAACGGUCUCAAUGAUGCCCUCGGCCGGCACCUCGAGGCGGAACCGAUCCCCUUCACCUCCGUGAAGCAGCUGGACGCCCUGCUGACGUUGCUCGUGCGCUUCUUCCAGCCCAUCGUCACCGGCAAUGAUCUCCCUCUCACCCUGUUCUGCGUCUUCAUGGGCGGACAGGUCCUCGCGUUGCACAUGCUCAUCUUAAUCGAGGGCAUGCGUUUCGGGAGCCGCGGGAAGAUCAUCUCCUACACAUCUGCAUGGGGCAUUCUCUGGCAACUCAUAACCAUCGGCGCCACUCUCCCGGUGUACUUUCUGGUCUGGCUCUGGACUUCCGGUGUUUCCGGCGCCACUACCCCGGACGCCUAUGCGGCUGCUAUUUCAAUUGACCAAGUCGAGGCCCGGGCCAUCACAGGCGCAUGGACCUUUGGCGUCUUGCUCCCGAGCAUCUUUGCCGGUUUGCCAUCGCCGCGUAUCAUCUCCCAGCAGAUGCAGGAAGUCGCGCUGGCCGUGUGGCAAGGUUUCCCGCUGUGGACUGGGUUAUGGCAGGUGUUCCUAGCUGGACUGGUUAGGUUGCUGGAUCUCAUUCCCGAGGCGAUCCGCGAUAAACCGGAGACCAAGAUUGGUAGGUUUCACAAAAUUUACGCUUACACGCUCACGUUCGUGGCCCUUUCGUACUACGGGACGUUUGGGUACGUGUACUUCAAAGCCGGGGCGUCUCCAGUGGAGUUGUUGAAGGAUAUACUACGGCCAACGUCGCCGUGGGAUAGUACCCCGAUGGCGAGCGUGGAGAAGGGGACUCUGACGUUGUUGCAGUGGGAUCUUUACUGCUCCGUUUCGGCUACCUGGACCUGGAUCGCGUAUGUAGCGUAUGCGAGAGCGGGUUUCGGGCAGGUGAUUGUGGAUCUGGUUAAGGGGGCGCUUUGGAGUGUUGUUGUUGGGCCUGGAGGUGCCGCCUUGGCGGUUAUUUGGGGGAGGGAUGUCGGUGCCAUUCGGGCUGCUGGUGGGAAGGUGAAGUCUGGAUGA